UGAAAAGAAAAACGAGAUGUUAAGAUAAAAGCCUAAAAUGAAAAGAAAGAAUUCAUUGUCAUUUAAGAAUCAAUCUGCAGACAUCCCCAAAAUCAAAUACUUAAUUAGAAAAUUAGAUAAAAACAAUAUUCCUCUAUUUACUUAAUCAGCUUGUAUUGGAUUAUCGAAAGAAGGCCAAAAUCAAUUUAAUUAGGAUUAAAUUCAUUUGUUUUCUUUUGAAGAAGAGCAUCGCAGAUGGAUUUAUCAAUAUAUGAAGAGCCAAACUUAAAAUCAUUUUUGUUCUAUACAACAUAUUUUUAAUCACUUUUUAACCAAUUUUUAAGUAGAAACUAAUUUUCAAAGACCAAUUUUACAAAAGUUGUGAAGUCCUUGGGCUUCAUAUAAAAUUACUUCAAAAAUUAAGUUUGCAGCUACAACCAGUUACAAUAAAGUAAAUAAUAUAUUAAUACAUUGACAAUUUUAUUUCAUUUGAAAGAAGAAAAUGAAAUCAUAUAUCUAGAUGAAACUGGAAUAAGCAAAGAUUUUAUUUGACCCAAAGUGUGG